AGGUCUGCGAAGAGGAAGCGUCCUACACACAGCUCGGCGGUAAUUCGGCAUGUUGGGAAGCGGCAGCGCAAUGUGUCACUCCAGGACGCUCCGCCGGCUCGGGAAGAGUUGGAGUGCGGUGAUGUUUCGCUGGAAAUAAAAGGAGGCCUGAGCUUAGCUUGUUGUGACUGGGUGGAAUGCCCUGUGUGUGGGAAGCAAAUACGCGGGAAUGAACUUCUCGUCAACUGCCAUCUUGAUACUUGCCUGCAAAGUGGGAAGAAAAGAAGCACAGUGUCCAGCAUACACUCUUUCACUUCAACUUGUCGAAAAAGAUAGAGUACGAGGAAAGCGGAAACUGCGUACUAGAAAUCCAGCAGUCUCCUCCGCUCGAGACUGGGGUCGACUGUAACACGGCGGCAGGGUCUCCAAAACCGGAAGUUUCUUCUACUCUUGAAUGCUUUGAGGAGCCCGACGUGGCCAACAGCGUCCUUCCGGCAGAGCUCAACAGUGAAACUAGAGAUCUUUACAAUGGCUGCCUGGAGGCAAGCAUUGCUGGCCGCAAGUACCACAGAGACGUCGAGUGCCAAGCUGGGAUGCGAGUUCACCUGGUAAGGGAACCAGAAAAUCCCAUGGAUACAUACGCUGUGAAGGUGCUUACGGCGGAUGGGCUUUCUCUGGGACAUAUUCCAAAAGAGCUUUCGCGUUAUUUGUCUCCUCUCAUGGACAAAGGCGUGGUAGACGUUCAGGGAUAUGUCUCCGAGAGUACAUCGGAAGCUGCACGCCUCAAGCUUGAUUUGCGUGAGAUCCAGAGUCGGACUAUUGGAAGUCUCUCAGAAGAAAAAGUGCUGGCUGUCAAAUGGAGCCGUCUGAUGGAUGCAGCUGACAAGGGACAAGACCACGGCUGUCGAUACCAACAGAAUUUUCUCUACAUUCUCCAAGUGGUAUUGGAACGGGAUCUCCAUCUCUUUACUCCAGACGAGAUCGAACUUCUCGAGGCAUUUCGUUCAAUCUCGUCUGAUGGACAGCGCCUUUUUGUAAGAUUGGCUCAACGAAAGGGGCCAUGGUUCCGUCUUCAGAACAUCUUCUAUGAAGAUAUUGGUGACACAAAUUCUGCAGUCCAUGAGUUAGUCGAGAGACGCUACUUAGUUUUCGACGCGGACGUCAAUUCGUCUGAGUUGCUUGAACAUCUGACUGUACAAGAGCUCAAAGAUUUGGCAGUGAACAGCAAAAUCAUGAUCAAAAGUGCUACGCUAAGUUUGAAAAAGCUUCAGAUGCAUUGAUUUCGCUGCAUUUGUAAGUAGCAAGUGAUCAUUGGUUUUUUAUACAAGCGUGAAAUACUUGGCGGCAGUAAUCUAACGGCUUUAAUUCGUGAAGCAACCGGGCCAUGCAUUCGAAUAGCCGAAACAGUUGACGUUCUACUUUGGCGUUUACAGAGGCUGUUCUUUCUAAACGGUGAGCAGGAGUUCCAUGUUUUUCUUCUUGUGGAUAUUGGAAGGAUCAAGCAUCCAAGCUAUAGGUGCGCUAGAACAAUGCCAGUCUUCGCUUCUCGAGAGGACUUUCUGGCGUAUGAGCAGGCAUUGCAAUUGGCUCAGGUGGUUGACAUGUCCCUGGAGGCUGGUAAUUCUGAGGCUCUAAACUCCUCUUUUCGAAAAGCAAGGACUACUCUCGAAUUGAUCAAUGCACACACCGAGAGCAAGCAUCCAUUUUUAGCACGAUUUUCGGCUGCAUGGGUGUAUGCAACAAUCUGUACUGUGGCUGCAUCGUUUCUGGAGAAAGAACGCAGAUACGCUGAAGCUGUAAACCUCUUCAAGCAGCUCCUUAGCAUGCAGUAUUGUCCUGGACGGAGAGGAUACUGGACUCUCCGGCUAUCUAUUGACUUGGAGCACUUACAGCGUUUAGAAGAGAGCCUGCUCGUUGCAGAAAACGGAUUAAGCGAUUUCAACGUCCGAGGAGGGGAUCGUAUCGCUUUGCAACGGAGGGUUCUCCGACUAGGAAAACCUCCUAGAAGGUGGAAAGUACCUCCAUAUGCAGCGCUUUUAAAGAAAAAACACAAGGUGGUACGUACUGUGUCACAGCAGCGGAGAGACGCGCACACGAGGAGGAAGAACUGUAUAUAUAUAACUGUAUAUGAUUGUGUACAUAUACAUAAAGCUACUGCCACGUGGGCAUAACAACUGCCA